ACUGUUCCCCAGAUCCCCAGAUCCUGAAAUCCACAAAUCCCGUCUCAUCAUCGGUGGCACGAUAUUCUCACCGUGGAACAUACUUUUUAGGAUCACUGUUAUUAUGGUUGUGUAAAUGGGGACUUGGAGAAGAUAUAUAUAUUUCGUUAUGGCUUCAAUCUACUGCUGCCCUACUUUUACUCCAUGAUAUCGUGGGUCACCAUCGCUCAUUGUAGUACUGAAAAUUACUUGUGAAACUCAUCCGACAUUAUGGCUGCUGCUGCUGUUGCAUCUACCACUGGCCUUAUGGGCAUGUGGAACGGUACGAAAGAUGGUAAGGAGGAUGGAUACAUCGACUGGGCUAGCGGUUCAACGAACGUGCACAACCCCCUAGAAGUCAAAAUCGAGGCUGAAGACAUCCGGACGUUGAACCCUCAACCAGAAUAUGGAAACAACGGAUACGGCGUUGCUAAGCAUAAAUCGUCUUUGACACCUGAGCAGUUUCUGGCUGGUAAUGAUGCUGAGGGGAAGAAGUACAUCGAGGAUGUCUACUUCAAGGAGGUCGCCGAGUUAGUCAAGCAAGUCACCGGCUCCGACAUCGUAGUCCCCUACGUAUUCCGGAUCCGCCAGAACAGCAUGAAGGCCGGCGAAUUCGCCGCUAACAAGCUCUCGCACGCGGCUCUGCCCGUCGCACACGUCGACCGCGACGCGAUCACAGGCGAGGACGGCGUUCGCGAAAUCCUUGGCGAUGUCGCGGAUGAGCUGAUCAAGAAGGGCAAGCGCUACGCUCAGGUCAACGUCUGGCGUACGAUCGACCAGCCCAUCCAGAAGUGGCCGCUCUGCUUCAUCAACCACAGCGGCGUGAGCGGCUGGGGCUACGAUACUCACCUGGCGCGCGUAUAUCCAACCAAUGACCCGAGAAUAGCCAUUCGAGGCGAGAAGAAGCACGACAGCGUUGUUAAGUACGACCCGGGUUAUAAGUACCACUACGUUAGCAAGCUCGAUCUGGACGAAGCCCUAAUCUUCUCCUCGUUCGACUCAGACGUGACCAAGGUCUGCCCGCACGGCGCAUUCUGGGAUGAUGCUAGCCCGGAUGACGCGCCCACGCGACGAUCCAUCGAGGUUCGUUGCUGGGUUUUCUUCGAUUGAAGGAUUGAGGGAUCUUUGACCUUAGCUUCGGCUGUGGCGAAAAGGGAGUAAUACCGCGUCGAUCGAAAUGUGGUGGCGUUCAAUUCCUGCAGAGAAGGCCCAUCAUUGCUACAUCAGUCGUGCUAGUGUCCCUCUGGUAGUUUAAAAAGAAUUAAGAAGUAGAAUAGUUAAUACAAAUUCCAAAUAUCUGUAAUAUAUGCGAAAGAGAAAAUGCGAGGAGGUUGUAAGGAAGAAAUAAUAAGCUCGAUGGGAUGAGAUAAGGGGAUCUUUAGGCAGAACUCUUGAGGGGGGCCUCGAGGAUAAACUGGCGACUGUAUGUCUGAUUCAAAAACCGGUUUUUUGGUGGAGCUGUUGCGAUUACAAAGUUAAUCAGCCGGAUCGUAUAUUGAACGGCGCGGUGAGACGGGGCCGUGUUGUCGAUCAUGGCCGGUAUUGUCUUUGACUGCCGUUGCCACUAUCUACACUUUCAAUCCUGGACUCGGCUGCGGAUGAGGGAGUGGUGACAUGGAAAAUUGCACAGCCU